AUGGGCCAUCCAGUCCUGCGGGUAUAUAAAGGUCUGAGGACUCUGGGUGGCAGCCUCUCUUCAGAAAUACCUGACCUCUCAACUGAAACUUCACCUCUCAACAACAUGUGUUGCAACUAUUACAGAAACUCCUGUGGAGGCUGUGGCUCCGGUCGUGGAUAUGGCUGUGGCUAUGGCUCCAGGUAUGGCUGUGGCUAUGGUUCAGGCUAUGGCUGUGGCUAUGGUUCAGGCUAUGGCUGUGGCUACGGCUCAGGCUAUGGCUCUGGAUACGGCUCUGGCUGUGGUUGUGGCUAUGGCUCAGGCUAUGGCUGUGGCUAUGGUUCAGGCUAUGGCUGUGGCUACGGCUCUGGCUAUGGCUGUGGCUAUGGCUCUGGAUACGGCUCUGGCUGUGGUUGUGGCUCUGGCUCCAGCUGCUAUGGCUACAGAAAAUGCCACUCUUCUCGCUGCUAG